AUUCUCUCUCUCUUUGAUUCACAGCCAUGCCAGCAGAGUCUAAGAACUUGUUAAACUUGGAUCUACAUUAUGGUGAAGUGACAUCUCUUUGGCGAGAGUUGCUCUGGAAAACUGUAAAUAUUUACUAAGCAUCAGUAUGUUUACCGGAGUUAGUAAACGCUAGGAUAGGAAGCAACAGAUGUAGUGGAAUCGUGGCAGCACUGUGUGAAAGUGUCUCUACUGCAUCUUUUCGGAGGCAAUAUUUUCCUCACACCUGCGAGAGAUGGGGAAAAGGAAAGAAAGCAGUUCCGACGAUGAAGGUGUAAUUGACAAUACACCAAUAAAGAAGCACAAGAAACACAAGCAUAAGAGGCAUAAGAAACGCAAAACUGCAGAAGAUGGUACAGAGUAUGAAGAUACUGAGCAAGCUAAAGCUGCAGCCUUCAGACUUAAAAUUAAGUUUCAGAAAGAAGCAGCUGAAAAGAAUGCAACGAAUGUGCAAGAAAAAUCUAAAGAUAAGUCGUCUCCUACGAAACCUGUCGAAAAACAAGGGUCUUCGCCGAAAGCAUCAAAAAAGAAGAGAGUCAAAGGAAAGGAAAGUGGAACGUCGAGUGAAGAGGAGAGGUGGUUAGACGCAAUAGAAUCUGGUAAGCUGGAAGAAGUUGAUGACGAACUGAAGAAAAUUAAGCCGAAGGAUCCCAAGUUGAUGACUGCAAGACAGAGGGCUAUGUUCGAGCGGAAAACCGAUAAAGAAUGUGGGCCUGAAUCUGAACAGCUGUUGGCGUUGCCUUCUGGAUAUAAAGAAAAGGUAAUGACAGCAGAAGCUAUUGAAAAGGCAGCAUUAAAAUCGAAAAAACGAAAGCAGUUAGCAAACGAGAAGCGCGAGAAAGAUAAGAAAAAGACAAUGGAACGAUUAUUGAAGAAACAGGAAUCAAAAUCGGGAAAAGCAACUAUCAAGCACAGAACAGAACGUCAGCAAGGGCCAUGUGAGACCUAUUAUAAUGGAACGUUGGGUGUAGUACUAGCAAUGCCGCCUGGUGCAGACUUUCCUAUCAAACCUCAGAAAGCUCCAGCAGUGCCUGUUAUGAAGUACUGCGGCGUUUCAGGUUGUAAAAAUAUCAAGAAAUAUUCUUGUUCAAAAACAAAAGUACCACUUUGUAGUUUAGAGUGUUAUAAGCGUAACUUGGAGCUAUGGAUGUCAUGAACAUGCCCUACAUUUAAGGAACUGGUACAUUUGUGAAUUGUUAAUUAUUCAGAAAUUGCCCAAAGAGACUUGAGAAUUGUACAGGGUGCAAGGUGUCAUUUAUUUAUAUUUAAAUGAAGGUGUAAAAUAGUUUUUUAUCCACAUUUUUUAAUACAGAACGUCGUAACAUAGGUGCCCUACAUAUUGUUCUUAAUCUGACUGUAAUUACACACAUACACAGGUAUCUAUUUCCAGACCACUAGUGGGAAACAGCACAGUGCUAAAUUCGAUUGUGAUAAGAAUGGAAUUUAGCACUAUGCUCGUAACAUACUUCGUGUCUUGCAAGCAGUUUUAUAUCCUUGAUUGGGCCUUAUGCAAAGACAGAUGAAGGUGAUGUUCAACUCCUCAUCUGAAAGUUAUGCAGCUGGUAGAGCAUUAAAGCGCUGUGGGAACAUUCCAUGCUUUUGGGUGUGUGACAGGUUUCCGGCAAUGUAAUAAGAUUAAUACAUCGCAUAUCAUUUUUAUUAUUUUCUAUAACAUAGUGAACAGUUUUCCCACCACAGAAUUCACAGACAAAUGUGAGUUUGUGAUGGUUCCCCCACCUGAAAUGUUGGUUGCCGUGACAGACUGAUUUGUUGUGUAGUGCGAGAUCUAGGUUUGGUUGUAAGCUGCUAAGUAUUUCAGAGUUGUUUUGUUACAACUGAUGAGCCACACUUUGCCAGUUUCUGAUGACUUCAGUUGCCUGUUAAACUGAAUAGGUAAUUGCACUAAGUUUGUAAUAUACUAGAAACUUUUUACAACAUGUAGAAAUAAAACAGAAAUAACAUUUUUCAAUAUGAAUGACAUUUAUAACAUUUUAAUAAUCUGACUGCUAUAAUCAGUAUUUCUUGUGGGUGUGUGAAGCAUGCAAAAAAUGAGUAACAUCAUGUCUUUAAAUUUUCAUGCAGCAACUGAAAUGUUACUGUGUCCGAAAUAGUGUUUGUUCACAUUACAAGUGCUGAUACUCUAAAAUUUUGAAUUUCUGAUUCUUGAUUAAUUGUUGAAACAAACCAUGCAUUUUCUUCUUAAUGUGGCCUUCUUCACCAUCGCAGCUGUUCCUGUAUUAGAAUCUAGAAGUUUUUAAUAUGCCUUCAACUUUCUACUGAAUAAUAGGAAGCACUUCUUCUGAAAUACAAUGAUAUUGUUAGUUUUGUUACAAUACUGCAACACUUCAUAAAAUGUUCAUGUUCAUACCUGUGGUAUGAUCUUAAAUCCAUUCUAUAUGACAUUAAUGAUAGUUUCUUAGAUCUGGCAACGAACG